GCGGGGUUGGUGCUUAAAGUAGCACGAUGAUGCGCGCAUGUGUGAUCAAGAAGCCAUAUGAGGUCGUGAUCGAGGAGCGUGCUAUACCGAAGGCUGGCGAGGGCGAUGUCGUCGUCAGAGUCGAGCUGACAGCGCUCUGCGGAUCGGAUUUGCAUGUCUACCGCGGGCAUCCCCCUCAGCCACAGUAUGACUUCACCAUGGGCCACGAAUUCGUGGGUAGUGUGCACUCUGUCGGCGAAGGUGUGAAGUCGUUCAAAGAGGGCGAUCGUGUCGUGGCACCGUUCACGCUCUCCUGCGGACAAUGCUUCCAGUGCGAACGAGGCCUUUCGAGUCGAUGUAAAGACUCCAAGCUGUUCGGCAGCAUAGCACUCGACGGCGCUCAAGCCGAAUAUGUCAGGGUACCCCACAGUGAAUCGACACUCUUCCAUGCGCCGACGGAUGUGCCCAGCUCGCAUUUGGUCAUCAUGGCGGACAUCAUGCCGACCGGGUUCUUUGCGAGCAAGAAUGCAUGGACGAUGCUCAACGAGACCGAGCGGAAAGGUGCGACGGCCGUCGUCAUUGGCUGCGGCCCCGUCGGUCUGUGCGCGAUCACAGCAGCCACGCAGAAUUUCAAGACUGUCUUUGCCAUCGAUUCAGUGCCAGAUCGACUAGAUCUGGCCAAGCAGCAUGGAGCAAUACCGAUUGAUCUCAACGCAAAGAGCCCUUCGGCUGUCGAAAUCAUCCAGAAGCGGACUGACGGCCGAGGACCGGAUGCAGUUCUCGAGCUUGUGGGCGCUCCUGAUGCGCUUCAGCUGGCUAUCGACCUCGUCCGCGUUGGAGGCGUUAUCGCUUCCUGUGGUCUUCAUACUCAUGACAUCACGCUCAAAGGCAUCCAGCUCUACAACAAGAACAUCAAAUUCCAGUUUGGCAGAUGUCCCGUCUCUUCGCUGUUCGAAGAGGCCCUUGCAUUGCUGAGAAAGGUCAGCAAGGAGAACCCUAAGCUUUGGGAUAAUUUCAUCCAGGCCAAGGUCCCUCUGGACGCUGCACCAGAGUAUUACGAAAAGUUUGACAAACGCCUUGUUGGCAAGACAGUCUUCACCAUGUAGCACGUCAGAUUGCACUGCAGAGCACAACACUUCGCGCGAGACAAUUAGCAAGACUAAGCUGAAACAUUUACCUUUUCUUCGGUGCCAAAUCGUUCUGCUCGUUUCCUCAUCUUCUCCAGCUCCGCCGCGUCAGGUACGUAUGCUGGCUUCUUGGCCUCUGUGGUGCUGCUGACUGGCUUUGCCUCUUGCUUCUUCACCUUUUUGGCAUCCUUCGCGGGUCCCUCUGUCUUGGUAGCUUCCCCAUUCGUCGCGGCCUUGCCCUGUCCUGCUUUGCGUUUGCGACCACCCGCCAGAGCCUCAUCGAUUUGCGAUACACUCU